AUGGAAUCCGCAGACAGUCAAUUCCGCGCUGCGGGCGCCGGAUUCCCGGAUUUGAUGAAUGACCCGGCUUACGAUGAGAGGGAAAAGGGAUUCGACGAUUUGGAUACUUGCCGCAUCUGCCAUGGCGAAGCAACGGACGAGGAGCCGCUGUUCUACCCGUGUAAAUGUAGCGGCAGCAUAAAGUUCGUUCACCAGAUCUGUCUGGUUGAGUGGCUAUCACAUUCGCAAAAGAAACACUGCGAGCUUUGCAAGACGCCGUUCCGCUUUACCAAACUCUACGACCCUAACAUGCCCCAGAGCCUCCCCGCGCCUCUAUUCGCAAAGCAAGCGUUGAUACAAUGUUUCCGGACCGUGGUUACCUGGCUGCGAUUUGUUCUUGUCGCCUUUGUCUGGUUAGGAUGGCUGCCAUGGUCAAUGCGCGCAAUCUGGCGGGCUCUCUUCUGGCUUGCUGAUGGCCGUUGGUCCGCGAGCGAAAGUGCUCGAACUCAAGCUGCACAAGCCGCUCAGGGUCUCGGGCAACUGUUGUCGAAUGGCAGCGUGGCAAAUGCUGCUGUAGUCGAUGCAGUUAGCUCCACAGUCUCCAAUGCAACUAUCUCGUCUGCAACUGCUGCCCCCACUGCGCAACCGUCGAUUCUCAAUUUCGCUGCCGGUGAGCCGCUCAUGCUCACUCUCAUAAAAAAAGUGAUCCCCAAUUUGUUUAUGCCCGCCUUCACCUCGUCUGCCGGACAGGAUAACAACUCAAACAACUCGACGCCCAGUUCAAGCAAACCCCGCUAUCCAUCAUGGCUAUCGGACGUGAAAUUCUUAAACAAUCUGACACCCUAUCCUACGAUUAAUAACAUGAUCAUCGACACAUUGGAAGGCCAGCUUAUCACCCUCCUUGUGGUCGUUGCCUUUAUUCUACUCUUCCUGAUCCGCGAAUGGGUUGUUCAACAACAACCCAUGGCCAACAUUGCUGAAGGAGAGCGCGAGGCUGCUCUCCAACUGAUUGCAAACAAUAGGCCGAAUGAAGAAGCCGAGAUUAGACAGCAAGAGCCGGCUCCCGCUCACCAAGAAGACGAUCACGCUGAGGAAUUCGGCCAUCAUGGCAUGGAUGAAGAAGAAUCGCAUCGCUUCGCACCUCAUUCUCCAGCUCCAUCUUGGAGCGACUCUGAUAAUGGGCACCCUGACUUUGAGGCAUUUGACAGGCUGGUACAACCAAUGGACCUUGAAAAUUCGGACGAUGAUGGCGAAGAUCUUGCUCCCGGUCGUCGUGCCAUGAAUUUCGGCGAUAUUAUGCUUCGUGCCAAUGGAGACCAGGAAGAAAUGUUACGCAUUAUCCGCGACGAAGCCCCAGGGGGUGAUUUGGACUGGAUUGCGAACGCGAUGACCGCAGUCAAUUCCAAUCAGCAACCAGCACAAGAAGCAGGACCUCAUAAUCGCCCCGACAUUGAUGAGGUAGCAGUGCAAGAGGUCCCUGAUUUCACCAACACCCGAAAUGCGCAUCAUGAUGGUUCUAGUCCCGAUACCACUACUCAUCCCUCCGGCCCAAACCCAGAUCAUGCAUCCUCAAGCAGAAGUGAUACUGCUCCUCCUCCGAACAGUCAAGCGGAUAAUCAACCCCCACAGGGACUUAUCGAACGGGUCAUUGAUUGGUUUUGGGGGGACAUUACGCCUAUAGACAGCGACAGAGAAGAGCCAGUUCCUGAAGACGAUGAGCACAUUGUUCAGGAUCCGGCCUUGGAAGACCCAUUUGUGCCUUUGCCAAAUCGGAUGGAUGGCGGCGCACUAGCAGACGCUGGUAUGGCUGGGGAUUUGGAUGCUGGAUUGGACCCCAAUGAUGUGGAAGCAAUUGAAGGGGAUGAUUUCGAAGGAAUCAUGGACCUUAUUGGCAUGCAGGGCCCUAUCUUUGGACUUUUCCAAAAUGGUGUCUUCUGUGCUCUUCUCAUUGCGUUCACAGUCGCCAUCGGAAUCUGGCUUCCUUACCUAUGGGGAAAAAUUGCCCUCGUCUUAUUGGCCAACCCCUUCGAGCUCAUCGUCGGUGUUCCUAUCACCGCCGUCGAAGUCAUCGCAGAUAUCGCUCUCGAUACUCUUAUCGGUGUCGUAGGCUAUAUAAUGUACUGGUUCAGCUUUGUUUUCAGAGUCUUGCUGAGUCCUUUGAGCACUGUCAUUCCCAUUGGGGAAUGGAUGCCUCGGGACAAGUCAGUCACCAGUGCAUCGCUUUCUCUCAUUGAUGCGAGCAGCCAGCGUUUGAACAAGGUGCUUAAAGCAUUCUUGGUCUUCCACGAAUCCGAUAUCCCCAUGUUCUCAGUGCUCUCCCACCAGGCACUUAAAUUACACCAAGCACGCCUCGUCGCUGUAUUCCACACGGUAUUUACCACCGUGAAGUUCAUUUUGCAUGACUUCCCUCUCCGAAUCAUGACUCUUGGAAUCCCGGGUGCAUUGUUCUUCGAUAUCGAUCUCUCUUAUUUCACUGGAUUCCUUCAGCAGGUACAACAGCAGUUCAGUAGCUUCAUCAGAUCACCUUUGUUCUCCAUGCCAGGGAAAAGGUUGAUGAAUGCAAGUGCAGCUAAAGCUGCCUCAGCGGCUGUACCAGUCGACUAUGACUUAGCUGUUUGGGACUCGAAGGAUCGUGCCAUUGCUAUCCUCAUGGGCUACUUGCUUGCCUCAUUGAUCGGUCUUCUCUAUCUACGCAUCACCGGGCUGAUGGCUGGUGCCAACCGCGGACAAAGAGCUGAGGGUUUGCUUGCUGAGGUGCUGAUUCAAGCUGGUGGAGUUAUGAAAGUCAUCCUCAUCAUUGGUAUCGAGAUGAUUGUUUUCCCCCUGUAUUGCGGUAGUCUUCUUGAUCUUGCUCUCCUCCCACUCUUUUCUAACGCUACUGUGAGCUCUCGGAUUGCUUUCACGGCUGCCUCUCCACUCACAUCACUCUUCGUCCACUGGUUUGUUGGCACGUGCUAUAUGUUCCAUUUCGCCUUGUUUGUGUCUAUGUGUCGAAAGAUCUUGAGGAGCGGUGUCCUUUAUUUCAUCCGUGACCCCGAUGAUCCAACAUUCCACCCGAUCCGUGAUGUUCUUGAGCGCAGUAUCGCUACUCAGCUUCGUAAGAUUGGGUUUAGUGCCCUAGUCUACGGUGCCCUGGUCAUCGUUUGCCUUGGCGGCGUUGUAUGGGGGCUGCACUUUGCACUCGACGACGUGCUUCCGAUUCAUUGGUCAGCAAGUGCUCCUAUGCUCGAAUUCCCAGUCGAUCUGCUAUUCUAUAACUUUGUGCUACCAAUGGCGAUUCAAUCAUUCAAGCCCUCAGACGGAUUACAUGAUUUGUAUGAUUGGUGGUUUCACAAGUGUGCCCACUUCUUGCGCCUCAGCAACUUUUUCUUUCCUGAGCGACACCUUGAGGAAGAAGGCUGCCAUGUUCGGAAGCAUUGGUGGGCCCUUCUCUCCGGAAGCAAGGGAGACUGGGAACACCCUGUCAUCGGCGAUGAGCAACAGGCUGCCGCAGAACAGGAGAACCGUGACGUUUACUUCCUGCGAGAUGGCCGAUAUGUGCGUGCCCCUGCUUCCGAUCAGGUCCGCAUCCCGAAAGGCACCCGCGUUUUCCUGGAAGUCACCGAAGAUAAUGAGCGCGUUGAUAGGGAGGUUGACCCUGCCGAUGGACUACAUGGUCGAUCUAGCACCAAUUUCACCAAGGUCUACAUCCCUCCUUCUUUCCGAACUCGGAUCGCUGCCUUCAUCGUGCUCAUCUGGCUGUUUGCCGCCACCACUGGAGUAGGCAUCACCAUUAUACCGCUGAUCAUUGGUCGGAAAAUUAUCACGUCGUACUCUUCCAGUCCAGUUCCGGUGAACGAUGUUUAUGCUUUUUCCAGCGGUCUCUGCGUGGUCGGUGCGUUGGCUUACCUGGCCUAUCACACCCGCACUGCAUUCCAGCUCUUGCGAGAACAUACAACUGCAUAUCUCCGUUCCCCUCGUCAGGCAGGCCAGAAUAGCUUGGGCCUCGUGAUGCAUUUUCUCCAGCUUUUGUACCUUGCUACAGUUGCCGUUGUCUUGCUCCCGUCGCUCUUUGCCCUUCUGACUGAAUUGUACAUUCUCAUCCCAGCACACACCCUCUUCGGCGAUGGAAAGUCCCAUGUUGUUCACGUCGUUCAAGAUUGGGCACUGGGAGUGCUGUACGUCCAGAUGGCCAUCAAAUUGACUGUAUGGCAGCCUCAGUCUUGGGCAGCUGCCGCCCUCAAUGGCAUCUUCCAAAAUGGCUGGCUAAAACCAAAUGUCAAGCUCGCCACUCGGGCCCUGGUUCUGCCGAUCAUCAUCCUCACAGCUGCAGCAAUCACCCUGCCUCUGUCUUUCGGGUUUAUUGCCCGCUGGACCGUGUUCUACACCCACGAUAAGGUGCAGCCUAAUAUCUAUCGCUAUGCCUAUCCUACUACACUUUUCAUUCUACUGUCUGUGUGGGCAGUCAAUCUGGUGAUGCGUAGAGUGGCAAUCUGGCGCACUAACAUCCGCGACGAAGUGUAUCUUAUUGGGGAGCGGUUGCAUAAUUUCAGCGAAAAGCGUGCGCGAGAUGUCGGUGUAUCGCGCCGGGUCAUGACAGGAUGA